GUUUGUAAGUACGAUUAAAAACAGAUUUAAGUGGGUUUUUUUUAAUCAAUGCACCCUCUAUUGUAAUACUACUUUUUCUAUUUCUAGAACUCUACCCACUCAAUCACUCAACAUCAGACUAACAGUAUGGAGAUGUCCAGUACAACUCUCCUGCCCGCGGUGAGCCUCGGGUCAAUGGCUCACUCAGCAGGACUGGCGGAGAUUGCGGUGAGGCUGUGCUUGAAUCAACGUAAACAACUGUGUCCUCAUGUUUGGGUUCCCAUCCUGAAGCCCCAGCGCCCUUGCAUUCGUCUUCCAGUUUCAGAUCAGUUAUCCUCUGACAUCUUCAGCCACGCCUAUCUGACCCACACUCUCCCAUCUCUCUUUGAUGACUUUGAUGACUAUGAAGAUGAUGUUUUGCACCCAAUCAAGAACAAACGGGUGAUUUUCGCUGACUCGUGGGGAUUGUCUCUAACAGCCGUGCGAGUGUUUUCUGAUGAAGAGGAGCAGUCUGACCUCGACCUACUGCCAUCGCUGCAGGGUUUGGGCAGCAUGACAGAGGAUGGCUACAGCUGCACCGUCAGCACCUGCUGCCCAGGAACACGGCUCAAACUGGGCUUCCCGCAGCCUUCUGCAGAUUUCCAGGCCUUUCGUGCCAAGCUGGCAGAGAGCAUGGUUAUCCUGGAGAACUGCAGUGUUACUGAGCAGGCCCUUCAAGGUACAGUGCGAGUCAGGAACAUCAGUUUCCAGAAAGAAGUGCAAAUACGCAUCACUUUUGACUCAUGGCAGAGCUACAGAGAUGUGCCCUGUACGUACCUGCAGAAACGCUUCGGAGGGCCUCAGACAGACAUCUUUGAAUUUGAAGUAGCCAUUCCUAAAGUGCUAGAUGCCAAAAGGAAGAUAGAAUUCUGUUUAAGUUAUUUACCAGGAGGCCAUGGUGAGCCUUUUUGGGACAAUAACAACGGACAGAAUUACAGCAUUGCUGUGUGCGUGAGCUCACAUCUCUGUUGCGGGAAGAAUCUAGGUGAAAGGGCAUGAUUUACUCAAGCUAGAAAU